AUGGGCGGCCCGCGGGCCUGGGCGCUGCUCUGCCUCGGGCUCCUGCUCCCGGGAGGUGGCGCCGCGUGGAGCGUCGGGGGAGCGGCGUUCUCGGGACGCAGAAACUGGUGCUCCUAUGUGGUGACCCGCACCGUAUCAUGCCACGUGCAAAAUGGUACUUACCUUCAGCGUGUGCUGCACAACUGCCCCUGGCCCAUGAGCUGCCCGGGGAGCAGCUACAGAACCGUGGUGAGACCUACGUAUAGAGUGAUGUACAAGACAGUGACAGCCCGCGAGUGGAAGUGCUGCCCGGGACACUCGGGGGUGAGCUGCGAGGAAGCUUCCUCAGCUCCCGUGGAGCCAGCCCCGUGGCCGGGCAGCGGCAUGAGACGGAUGGCACUCCGGCCCACGGCCUUCUCAGGGUGUCUUAACUGCAGCCGAGUGUUGGAGUUGACUGAGCGGCUGAAGGUGCUAGAAGCCAAGGUGGCCGUGCUGACCAUCUCUGAGCGGGCAGUGCCCCCAACCCCGGCUGUCCCUGAAGGCCCUGCCCCACUCUGGGGCUCCCCAGCUGCCCAGGGCAGCCCUGGAGAUGGAGGCCACCGAGACCGAGUUGGUGCUCGGGGGCUGCCUGGCCCCGCCGGUCCCAAGGGAGAUGCUGGCAGCCGGGGCCCAACAGGGAUGAGAGGCCCUCCAGGUCCACAGGGUCCCCCAGGGAGCCCCGGCCAGACUGGAGCUGCGGGGACCCCUGGAGAAAGAGGCCCUCCAGGCCUGCCAGGCCCUCCUGGCCCUCCUGGGCCCCCAGCCCCUGUCGGGCCACCACAUGCCCGCAUCUCUCAGGAUGGGGACCCAUUCCUGUCUAACACCUUCACUGAGACGGGCAGCCGCUGGCCUCAGGGACCUGCUGGACCCCCAGGUGCCCCAGGACCCAUUGGUCCCCCUGGACCUCCUGGCCCCACAGGUGCCCCUGGAAGUCCUGGACGCGUGGGACCCCCAGGCCCUACUGGACCCAAAGGGAUCUCAGGCCACCCAGGCGAGAAGGGUGAGAGGGGACCGCGUGGAGAGCCUGGCCCCCAGGGCUCUGAAGGGCAGCGGGGUGACCCUGGCCCCAAGGGAGACCCUGGCGAGAAAAGCCACUGGGGGGAGGGAUUGCACCAGCUGCGCGAAGCUUUGAAGAUUUUAGCUGAGAGGGUUUUAAUCUUGGAAACAAUGAUUGGCCUCUAUGAACCAGAGCUGGGCUCCGGGGCAGGCCCUGCUGGCAUGGGUGCCCCCAGCCUCCUUCGGGGCAAGAGGGGAGGACAUGCAGCCAGCUACCGGAUUGUGGCCCCAAGGAGUCGGAAUGAGAAGGGCUGAGGGUGAAAGCGGCGCAGCCCCCUGUUGGAUGGACCAGGCCAGCUUCCCUCGCUUGCCUGGCCUUGGCCAGCUGCCUCCAGGGACCACGCUGUGUUUAUUCAAGGACUCAGGGUCCCUU